AUGCAAAUGAUGAAGGAAUGGAUGAACUUUAUGAUGAAUGCCCUUAAAGGACGGGUGUCUACUGACCUCGAUGAUUUGGUCCAUCGAACUAAUUCGCCAUUCACAAUGUCCGUCACUUCAUUCUCCCUUCCACCGAAGUUUCACAUGCCGCGGGUAGAAAACUACGACAGAUCCAAGGACCCUUUAGAUCACUUGGAGUCUUUCAAGACCCUGAUGCACCUUCAAAGGGUGCUAGACAAAAUCAUGUGCAGAGUUUUCCCCAUCACGCUGAAAGGAUCCACAAGGAUCUGGUUCAGCAGGCUGAUGCCUAACUCCAUUGGAACCAUCAAGGAGUUAAGCGUCCAGUUCGCUUCACAUUUCAUCAGAGGGCACAAGUACAAGAAGUCCACUGCAUGCCUGAUGAAUAUUAAGCAGCGGGAGGACAAGACGCUGAGGUCCUACAUCACCUGCUUUAACAAAGAGACCCUCUCAAUCGAUGAAACAGACGACAAAAUACUCAUGGUUGCCUUCACAAAUGGAUUACGGAAGGGUAAGUUCCUAUUUUCCCUAUACAAGAACGACCCAAAAACUAUGUCGGAUGUACUAUACAGGGCAACCAAGUACAUGAACACGGAAGAUGCGUUGCUGGCUCGAGAAGAAAAGCCCAAGAAGAGGGAAAGGCAGGAAGACCCGCAACAGGACAACGGGCUGAAGAUGGCUAGAACUGAAGAUCGGUGA